GUGGAAUUACGCAGUCUUCAACUUUUCCACUGCAUCCUUCAUCGUCAUGGGUGCCCAAGACGGUCUAUCUGGCAGUGCGCCACCUCCACUGGAGCCGGCGCUCCUCGCACCAACUUCGUCGAUCCAGGACCCACCCGCACAUGAAUCCGUCGCCACGCCCAAACAAAUCGACGACGACGACGUGUACGUUGACAUCACCGAAGGCGGCGUUCGAGGCGCCGAGUUGUCCAAGUCCGGCGGCCGCACAACGUCAUACCGAAGUCUGCAUCGCACAUCCUCCCGCCAGCGCCUGUCGCGGCUCGAGUCUCGCAUCCACCCCGAGCACGCCAAGGCCCUGCUGCCCACGACCGCGCUGUACAUUUCCGUCAUGAUUGCGCUCAUCGGGUCGUUCCAAACCGGGUGGUUGCUCACGCAACUCAACUACCUUCCGUUUCACUCGGCCAAGACGUGCGCGGCUAUUCCCAUCGCGCCCGACACAUGCAUCAUGUUCCCUGGUCAUUCCAAGAACGAAUGGACCAUGACCGUCACGGGAUGGGUCGUCGGUGCCGCGCUCGGCGCUGUCCUCAGCAGCAUCCCCGCCGACAAAUUCGGUCGCAAGAAGACCAUGUUCCUCAACGCGUUCAUCAUGAUCGUGGGCGGCGCCGUCCAAGCCAUCGCCCAAGACCCGUACGUAUUUGCCCUCGGGCGCCUCUUCUCAGGGAUCGCCACCGGCACCGUGAUCAACGUUAGCAACGUGCUCAUCAGCGAGAUCUCCCCGUGCCAAAUGCGCGGGCUGUUCUCCACGGGGCUGCAAGUAGGCGUGGCCCUCGGGUCGCUCUUCGUCACGACCACCCAUUACAUUAUCGGCACCGGCGACAUCGCGUGGCGGUUCAUGGUGGGGUGCCCGAUCGUGUUUGGCGCGAUCCAAGUGGUGCUCAUGCCGCUCAUGGUGCAAUCCCCUGUGUGGCUCGUCGGGCAGGGCCACGUCGACGACGCCGCGCUCGCCAUGAAGAAGCUGUACAAACCAACCAACUACGAGGCCAUCCUCAACGCCCUCGUCUCAUCGCACGAAGAAGAGCAGAAGGAGGUCGCCGACGUCAAGCCGUGGGCCGCCAUGGUGUCCAAGAAGUACCGCCUCCAACUCAUCAUCGCCAUCCUCGUGUGCGCGUCGCACCAGAUCACGGGCGUGAACGCUAUCAUGUACUACUCGGCCACGAUCUUCAACAACGCCGGCAUCACCGACCCCCGCGUCGCCAACACGAUUAUCAACGUCAUCCGGCUCAUCUCGGUCGUUGUCGUUGCGAAGAUCAUGGACAAGUUCAAGCGCAAGACCAUGCUUAUCACGGGCAUGUCCGUCAUGGCGGCCGCGUCGGGGGGGCUUGUGCUAUCGCUCGUCAACUCGUGGUCCGCGCUCGCCGUGACCUCCGUCGGCGUGUACAUCGCCGCGUGGGGCUUCUCCAUCGGACCCAUGGCGUGGAUGGUCGCAGCGGAGCUCUUCCCCGACUACCUCCACGCGAACGCCGGGUCGGUCGGCACCAUGUUCACAUGGGUGUCCAACUUCUUCGUGGCCGUGUUCUACCCCGUCCUGGCCUCCGAGGACAGCUUGGGCAACUACGCGUUCCUCAUCUUUGUCGGCAUUUUGGUGCUGCUCAUCACGUUCAUCGCUGUGGUCGUGCCGGAGACGUCACACAAAACGUACGUCGAGAUCGCGUCUUCGUUUGGCAUCCAAGAAAAGCCCCACGAAGAUGACGGCGGCCACGACAUUUGGGCCACGCCCCGCGUGAGCCAUUACUCGGCGUUUGACGAGCCCAACCACGACGACAAGCAGCCAGACACCCCCCCCGCUCCAGACAAACUGGCGGUGACUUCAACAAGUGGCCCUUAAGAUUAAUAUAGUAUACAUAUAUAUUGUGAAUUCGCUAUAAACUUCAAAA